AGGUUAGCGGGGAAUGAAAUUUAAACGGUUUAGUUCAUUCAGCUCACUGUCAAAAUAUUUUAGAAGCAAGAUGUCACAUAAUCACUUAACUACAGUGAACGAAUUACAAAAUGAAAUGUACUUUGGCAAAGAAGUGAUUAACCGGGUUUCGUUUUUGAGAGAAGAUUCUAAAUUCAUUGGCAAAGCAAUUACUCAUCCAAGUGCUAGAUUUGUAUUUUUCAAUAAGACCGAUCCAUUGAUUGUGAAAUCUUGGACGAAUAAGUUGGUUUUGAUGACAAGUGGAAAUGAUAUCUUCAAGGGUCCUGAGAAGGUUACUCAGGGUUUAACAAAUCUUGCUUCUUGGAAGUCAGCAAUCACAAAAUGGGUUAAAGACAAUGAAGAACAUCACCAUGCAUUGAGAGAACAAGAACAACCUACGAUUCUUUUCUUGGGGUUGGAAGAUGCAAGUGUGGGGUUGGAUGUCAACAGCGCAGAUAUCCAAGUGUUGGACUAUAAAGAUGGACGAUACAAGGGAAUUCCAUAUUUUGCAGUGGACUUGACAGCUUCUCCAACCUUGGAGAAGGACAUUUUGCAGUCGAUAAAGACCAACGAGAAUGUUGAUGAGGAGGAAAUCUUCUUCACAACCUCCAGAAAACACUACUUGGGAUUCAGCAAUAUUGAGGCCGCUUUGUUUUCACAUGGAAAGAUGUUUUUGGACUGGUUAGAUAGAAACCGAUUCUGUCCUGGGUGUGGGUCAAAAGUGAUCCCCAUCCACUCUGGUGGAAAAUUGAAGUGUACCAAUACAACUAUUGUGGGUAAGACUGAAUCAGGUAGAGAUAAAUACGAAUGUCCUGUUCAAAAUGUUUCUGUUUCAAAUGUUUCAUUUCCUAGAACCGAUGCGGUUGUUAUUACGGCUAUCACCAACACGGAAAGGACCAAGGUCCUUCUUUCAUUGAACAGACGCCAUAGACUCUCUAACAUGUACAGUUGUACAUCUGGGUUCAUGGAGCCAAGUGAGACUGUUGAAGUUGCAACAAAAAGAGAAAUCUGGGAAGAAACUGGGGUAGCAUGUUCCAAAAUAGAUAUUGUUAUGACCCAACCAUGGCCAUUUCCUGGGAAUUUAAUGAUUGGAUGCCUUGCCGAAGUGGAAUUCGAUGGGGUCAAUGAGAUAAUUGACUUGGAUCAUGAUAAGGAAUUGGAAGAUGCUCGUUGGUUCGAUAUGCUGUUUGUUAAACUGUUGGUGUACCCCGAAAAAAACAACACAGAAACCAAUCCUGAAGGUAUCUUGAUUCCAAUGCCUGAAUCUAUUGCUUAUUCCCUUAUCAAACUCAUUGUUGAUCAAUCACUGAAUCUGAAGCUUUGAUCUACACACAUUUCGCAGCCUUUUCUCACCUUUUCCAUACAUAAUGAUACAAGCCCUUCGCGAAUUAGUAAUCAUAUCUUGAACCUUAUUAGGAGAUGAAGCCAGUGGAUGAAGCCAGGGCCCAUAGGCUUGAGCAGAUGAGAAAAGCCCAGAAGGAACUCAAGUAUCGUAGAGAGCGUGAUAUUCUCCUGAUGAAAAACGAAAUUGAGCGAUUGAGGAAAGAAAACGAGAUCCUCAAGUCUGCCGUUUCAAUUCCUAAUCUUCCCAUUGUCCUUGAAGAGUACUCCACGGUGAUGAAAAUCAUUGACGCCGCUGGAAUUACAAACAAGCAGUUCCAAAUGCUCUUAACUUCU